AUUCGAACCUCAUCUCUCUGCCGCAGUGGCUAGGGUUUUCUUUCACCCAAUUGUUCAAUUUCUCUGACUUUCACACUCUUUUCCUCUCACUGGUUUCUUUCUUAAACUCAAUCUGCUAUCUUCAAUCGGCUGUUCUUCAUGGAUCUCAGUAAUUUCUGAGAAAGUUUUCGUUUGUGGGGUUGCUUUUCACUUCGCAGUUCGUCGUCUGGGUGUCAGUUGCAAGUUCUAGGUUGAACGGAUAUGGCAACCAUGAACCCUUUUGAUCUCUUGGUCGACGACGACAACGAGGACCCUAAUCAGCUUGCUUCUGCUCACCGGCCCGCUCCGGCGCUCCCGUCUAAGAAAGCCCCUGCUCCGGUUCUGCCUGCCAAACCGGCUAAGCUUCCUUCCAAGCCGCUCCCUCCUGCUCAGGCUGUGAGGGAGUCAAAGAAUGAAAAUAGCCGUGGUCGUGGAGGUGGACGUGGCUAUGGGCGAGGGCGUGGUGGUGGUGGAGGAUUCAAUAGAGACUCGGCCAACAAUGAAAAUGGUGGCAGGAAUGGAUUCUCUGAUCGUUACCAGGCUCCUGAGGAUGGUGAAAAGGCAGCUGAAAGGCGUGGUUAUGGUGGUCCCCGUGGCUCUUUCCGUGGUCCUCGUCGUGGAGGCUUCAGCAAUGGUGAAGCAGAAGAAGGUGACCGACCCCGAAGAGUAUAUGAACGCCGCAGUGGAACUGGACGUGGAAAUGAAUUUAAGCGUGAUGGGGCUGGCCGUAGAAACUGGGGAGCUCCUGGUGAUGAAAGUGCCCCGGAUGUGGAAGAGCCUGUUGCUGAAAAUGAGAAGAAUGUUGCUCCCGAACAACAAUUGGGAGAGGAUGGAGUUGUCGAUGAUAACAACAAAGCUGAGGAAGCUGUGAAGGAACCAGAAGAGAAGGAGCCUGAGGAUAAGGAGAUGACCCUCAAAGAGUAUGAGAAGCUCCGUGAAGAGAGUAGGAAACUGCUGGCAAAGACUGAGGUGAGGAAGGCCGAGGUGGAUGAGGAACUAGAGAACAUGCAGCAGCUUUCCAGCAAGAAAACCAAUGAUGAAAUCUUUGCUAAGUUGGGUACCGACAAGGAUAAGCGCAAGGACAGUGCUGACAAGGAGGAGAAAGCUAAGAAAUCUGUGACUNUUCAAUAACGGAAGCAACAGAAUGAAUGUGGUAGCCCCCUCCAUUGAAGAUCCCGGGCAGUUCCCAUCAUUGAGUGCUAAGUGAGAAUUUUACCACUUAAAAAUCCCUAUUUUGUCACUACAUUUUUAAGUUUUCUUGAGAUAAUCAGAUCAGGAUUUUUGAGUUACAAUUACCAACAGGAUUCUGAAACUCCCUUCUCUAAAUGCUCUUUCUAUGUAGUGUAAAUCUUGGAUGUUAUGGUCUUGAACGGUCGUAAGUUAUGCAUCAAUUUUGAUUUUUGUUGAAGGAGGUUUAUUAUUAUUAUUAUUUUAGUUCUCAAA